GAUUACAUAAACCUACCCGAUGACAUCACCCUUACAUAACCAAUUGGCACGAUUCGUUUUUGAAAUGUACCUUAUAAGUCCAACAUAACCGAAAUUCCUCAUUUAACCACAAUAUAAUUAUUCUUUUGAUAUUUAAGGUCGAUUGCUGAAUGAUAAAAACUUCUCUGCCGAAAUUCCUGUUAUUACAUUGCAUAUGAUGCAAGAAGCUGCAUUGAAGGAUGACGUUAUUCUAUUAUUACACCAAGAUCGAAAAGAUCAUCAUAUCAUGAGUUAUUUAUAUAAAAUCGAGACCCUGACGCCAGAAGAACAAGAAGAAAUUGCUAAAUUGAUGUGCAAUCUUUGCUUCUAUCCCAAUACCUUCGAUUGGCUGAUGUACAUUUCUGAAUGGCAAGAGGGUGGCUAUCCUUGCAACAACAAUAAAGUUACAGUUCGCGUGGCCGUUCACGCAUUGCUCAGCGAUACUCCAACAUUGCAAGACAAAGGAGCAGCUCUUAUGUAUAAUUUAGCACUGAAAGAGCUGUUCGACGAUACUGCAACAGAACUAGCAACAGCGAUACUUCAGUAUCUUCACGGUGACAUUAAAGAAGAAACAGCUUUCUGGUGCUUGACAGCAUUGCUACGAUUCAUAUACAUCAGUUACAAUGACGUACCUGCUCUGGUAAAGAUGUUGGGACCAGAUUUAAAGAAAUUUCUCAAAAUGUCUGCGAGAGUUGACGAAAUUUUAGAACAGAUAUUUUUCAAACUGAACGUCAAUAUUUCCACUUAAACUAUAUAUUUUUUGCCAUAAAAAUACAUAAAUAUGAUCAUCUUGAUCAUUUCUUUUUUUCCAAAAUGGAUACGAGCUGCACUUUGUAAAAAAAUAAGAUUAAUUUUAUCCAGUUAAAUAUGGAUAAUAAUCAGUAAAGUAUUGCUCUUUUGUAACUGUUUAUUUAGAUAUUAUUAUUAUUAUUAUUGUCAUAUUUUCAACGUUUUUUAUCUUGUA